GUGUGCUCCCGAUGUAGGUAGGCAUCGCUCCCAUCGCUCAAUCCUGUCUUCAUCGCCGCCCUGAAUCAACACCAACCGGCAAUAGAAGGCUACUUUCAGCCGCACCGCACGACAUCGGCGGUGGGAGAGAAUUAGUCGCGCCCAGUUGGGGAAGCCGGGCAAGCACUCUAACAAUACCACCCAGAGCCCGUGGGCGCCAAAUGCUGGCCAUUCCUGGGGAUCCUCUGCCCGACCAUGACACCCUCUACCAUCGAUGCUAGUCAGUGGCUGCAUAUGGCCGCGGCCAGAGUCCAUUCGGGUCAACUGCGGCGGCGUGUGGUUGGAUACAAAGGUGCUGGAGCAGACGAGUUGCGUCAGGACUGAGGCAUUCACACAAUGGUCACGAGUAGACUAAGUAGUUUAGAAGCCGUUCUAUCCCAUCAGGCUGGACUUUGAAGCAGUUGUGCCCCCUCUGUUGACUCUCGCCGGCUCUCAUCCCUUUUCGUUGGUUUUUCGAACAUCGUUCACUGGCACGAGAUGGCUGCUCCAAUCGAUCCCUCGAUUCUUACCCCCGAGUACCUGGCGGCUGAUGAGGGGCCCGAAGUACUGAGAACAAUCACCGCCAUGGCUGCCAUCUCAACUCUCUUCUUCGGCCUCCGCAUUGUGGUUCGGCUUCGGCGCUCCGGUUUUGGCAUAGGCGCCGACGACUGGUUCUUAUUUGCUGCAGUUUGCUUCAACUGGGCCCUUUACGGCUUCGGCACCCACCUGAUCGUACUCCAUGGUGGUCUCGGGAGGCACUUGCCUGUCGUUCUGAUGGAGGAUCCGCACAUGUUUGAGAGCACACUACUCGGCCUCUACAUAGGCGGGUUCGUCUAUCCGUCCGUGAUUGCAUGCAUCAAGGCCAGUGUUCUUUGCAUGUACUUCCGCAUAUUCCCGACCAAAUUCAUCAAAUGGGGCUUGAUCGGUCUGGGAGGCUUCACGGCAGCCUGGUGGCUCACCGUCGUUCUGGUGACUAUUUUCCAGUGCACGCCCAUCCACGCUGCCUGGGAGCUCGCUCUCCAGCCCGCGGUCAAUCCCAACUCCAAGUGCAUCAACAACAACGGCUUCUUCAUUGGAAACGCCGUGCCAAAUAUCGUCACCGACCUGUGCAUUAUGGUGCUUCCCCUGCACGAGGUGUACAAGCUGCAUAUUAGUAGAUCGCAAAAGAUCGCCCUGAGCGGCGUUUUCAUGCUGGGUGCCCUGGUUAUAGUGGCCAGCAUCAUCAAGCUGAACGUGACUGUUCAGCUGUUCAGUGAGGCUCACGCUGACUACACGUACCGCCUUAAAGACUUCAUCAUCUGGACUAUGGUCGAGACGGGAGUGGGCAUCAUCUCUGCCUCACUGCCGCCGCUGCGGCCGCUCCUCACUGCAACUCUGCGCACUGUUGGACUUUCCCGCGACUCCUCCAAAAACCCGAGUGGCAAGUCAGACCGUAUGACGAUUGGUGGUGGUGGGAGUGGCAAGAAGUCGUAUAAGAGUACCGGCAGUACCGAGACCAGCACUCUCGUUGCUGUCACCAGGACCGACGAUACUGAGAUGGCUCGGGGCCCUUUCAAGCAGAUUCACGAUCAGCACGACUACGAGCUCAGCCCUUCACCCAACCAGUGGCCAAGGGUGUAUCGCUCUGGAAUAAAUACUGCGGUUGUUGACCGGGAGCACGCUACUAUUAAUGGGUAUAGCCUUCCUCUGGACUCCGUCGGGGCUGUCCCCGCGCCGGUAAGGUAGUCGAGGUAAUUCGGUUUGUUGUCAUUUACUCUCCGUGGCAGGAACUGUGGGCUUCUCAUGUUUUGGCUUCCACCCUGUUCGC